AUGGACGGAACCGAGGGCCUCAUCCGAGGAACCCAGGUGACGGAUACCGGCGCUCCGAUCUCGAUUCCCGUCGGGCCCGCUACGCUGGGCCGGAUCAUGAACGUCACGGGUGAUCCCAUUGACGAGCGUGGCCCUAUCGAGGGGGUCAGGACCAUGCCUAUCCACACGAAUCCUCCCGACUUUGUUGAACAGUCAACGGCGGCAGAAAUUCUUGUGACGGGCAUCAAGGUCGUGGAUUUGCUGGCCCCGUAUGCCCGUGGAGGCAAGAUCGGCCUUUUUGGGGGUGCUGGAGUGGGGAAGACGGUGUUCAUUCAGGAGUUGAUUAAUAAUAUCGCCAAAGCCCAUGGUGGUUUCUCUGUCUUCACUGGAGUCGGCGAGCGGACUCGAGAAGGCAAUGAUCUCUACCAUGAGAUGCAAGAAACCGGGGUCAUCAACCUAAAAGGGGAGUCCAAAGUCGCCCUGGUGUUUGGUCAGAUGAAUGAGCCUCCCGGUGCUCGUGCUCGCGUGGCACUGACAGGACUGACGGUUGCCGAGUACUUCCGCGACGAAGGACAGGACGGCGACCCAGUUCUCCUCUUCAUCGACAACAUUUUCCGCUUCACACAGGCAGGCUCCGAAGUCUCCGCCUUGCUGGGACGCAUUCCCUCUGCGGUGGGAUACCAACCCACCCUGGCAGUCGAUAUGGGCGCCCUCCAGGAACGCAUCACCACCACAACCAAGGGCUCCAUCACUUCUGUGCAGGCCGUGUACGUCCCCGCAGACGAUCUGACUGAUCCCGCCCCGGCCACGACCUUUGCGCAUCUCGACGCAACCACCGAGCUGUCCCGGAGCAUCUCAGAGCUGGGCAUCUAUCCCGCGGUUGACCCGUUGGGGUCCAAAUCCCGCCUCAUGGACCCGCGCAUUGUAGGCGAGGAACACUACAACACCGCGCUGGAGGUACAGAUGAUUCUCCAGGAGUACAAGUCGCUCCAGGAUAUUAUCGCCAUCCUGGGCAUGGAUGAGUUAUCCGAGACGGAUAAGCUGAAGGUUGAGCGGGCGCGAAAGAUCCAGCGCUUCCUCAGUCAGCCUUUUGCUGUGGCAGAGGUAUUUACGGGCAUGAAGGGAGAGUUGGUGCCAUUGGAGGAUACUAUUCGAUCUUUCCGUGCUAUUCUUGAUGGGCAGGGUGAUAAUAUGCCUGAGAACGCUUUUUACAUGGUGGGCAACUUCGACUCGGCUAAAGCAAAGAGUGAGAAGAUCCUCAGGGAGCUGGAGCAGCGAGCCUAG